GAGAUUUAUCGGCAGCCAUCUUCUUGGGGGUGCUGGGAGCCGGGAAGACCCCCCGAAUCGUUCCCAUUGAGCUGCCCUUCGUCGUCGCUUUUUUCACUUUUGCCUGUUCUGCGUUGCCAACACCACCUGGUUCCGAGGUUGAGAGAAAGCUCGGAGCUAGGCGCGUCUCGACCUCCUGGUCCAAGAAGAUUUGCUUGGGUGGAGGGAAGGGGGAGGGCCCGGGCAAACCGUUGCUGUCUCAGCCCGGGCCGGGGUCCAGGGACGGAGAGCAUCUGGCGCCCCGUGGAUUGGCGGCCUGCGACGGUACCCGCAGAGCUGGUCGCCGAUCAGGGCUCGCGGGAACCUGCCACCGGCGCCUCCCACCGCGGCCCACGCGGGCGGCGCGCGGAGGAGGGGGCGGGGGCAGCGGCCGCUGUAGCGGCCGAGACCUGGGCGGGCUGAGGAGUGUGACGGGCCUCGGGGCCGCUGUGGAUGGUGUCUAAAAUGAUUAUUGAAAACUUCGAGGCACUCAAGUCCUGGCUCAGCAAGACUCUCGAGCCCAUCUGUGAUGCAGAUCCAUCAGCCCUAGCAAAAUACGUUCUCGCUUUGGUGAAGAAAGACAAAAGUGAAAAAGAGUUAAAGGCAUUAUGUAUUGAUCAACUGGAUGUAUUUCUUCAAAAAGAGACACAAAUAUUUGUGGAAAAACUUUUUGAUGCUGUGAAUACAAAGAGUUAUCUACCUCCUCCAGAGCAGCCAUCAUCAGGAAGCUUAAAGGUAGAAUUUUUUCAGCACCAAGAAAAAGAUAUAAAAAAAGAAGAGAUCACAAAGGAGGAAGAGCGAGAGAAGAAGUUUUCCAGAAGGCUAAAUCAUAGUCCUCCCCAGUCAAGUUCUCGAUACAGAGAAAAUAGAAGUCGUGAUGAGAGGAAGAAAGAUGAUCGUUCUCGCAAAAGAGAUUAUGAUCGAAACCCUCCUCGAAGAGACUCCUACAGAGACCGGUACAAUCGAAGGCGAGGCCGAAGUCGCAGUUACAGCAGGAGUCGGAGUCGGAGUUGGAGUAAAGAGAGACUUCGUGACAGGGACAGGGAUAGAAGUAGGACUAGAAGCAGAAGCAGGACACGAAGCCGGGAAAGGGAUCUAGUAAAACCUAAAUACGACCUGGAUAGAACAGACCCACUAGAAAACAAUUACACUCCAGUCUCUUCGGUACCCAGUAUAUCAUCUGGUCACUACCCUGUACCCACUCUGAGCAGCACUAUUACGGUAAUUGCUCCUACUCAUCAUGGGAAUAACACUACCGAAAGUUGGUCUGAAUUUCACGAAGACCAAGUGGACCAUAACUCAUAUGUGAGACCACCAGUGCCAAAGAAACGGUGUAGAGACUAUGAUGAAAAAGGUUUCUGUAUGAGAGGAGAUAUGUGCCCUUUUGAUCACGGAAGUGACCCUGUAGUUGUGGAAGAUGUGAAUCUUCCUGGCAUGCUGCCUUUCCCAGCACAGCCUCCAGUUGUUGAAGGACCACCUCCUCCUGGACUCCCCCCACCUCCACCAAUUCUUACACCCCCACCUGUGAAUCUGAGACCCCCAGUGCCACCACCAGGCCCAUUACCACCCAGCCUUCCACCUGUCACAGAUGAUAUUUCUUAUUCUUUGGUUUUGACAGGACCGCCGCCUCCACUUCCUCCUUUGCAGCCAUCUGGCAUGGAUGCUCCCCCAAAUUCCGCAACCAGUUCUGUUCCGACCGUAGUCACGACUGGCAUCCAUCACCAGCCUCCUCCUGCUCCACCCUCUCUUUUUACUGCAGUUUUUGUAUUACCAGAUACAUAUGACACCGACGGCUACAAUCCUGAAGCCCCAAGCAUAACAAACACUUCCAGACCUAUGUAUAGACACAGAGUGCACGCACAGAGGCCUAACUUGAUAGGACUGACGUCAGGGGAUAUGGAUUUGCCACCCAGAGAAAAGCCUCCUAAUAAAAGCAGUAUGAGGAUAGUAGUGGAUUCAGAAUCCAGGAAAAGAACCAUUGGUUCCGGGGAGCCUGGAGCUCCUACAAAGAAGACCUGGUUUGAUAAGCCAAAUUUUAAUAGAACAAACAGCCCAGGAUUCCAGAAAAAGGUUCAGUUUGGAAAUGAAAAUACCAAACUUGAACUUAGAAAAGUUCCUCCAGAAUUAAAUAAUAUCAGCAAACUUAAUGAACAUUUUAGUCGAUUUGGAACUUUGGUUAACUUACAGGUUGCUUAUAAUGGUGAUCCUGAAGGUGCCCUUAUCCAAUUCGCAACAUAUGAAGAAGCAAAGAAAGCAAUAUCAAGUACAGAAGCAGUACUAAACAAUCGCUUUAUUAAGGUUUAUUGGCACAGAGAAGGAAGUACCCAGCAAUUACAAACUACUUCUCCAAAGGUAAUACAGCCCUUAGUCCAGCAGCCCAUUUUGCCUGUUGUGAAGCAGUCAGUCAAGGAGCGGUUGGGUCCAGUACCUUCAAAUACUAUUGAACCGGCAGAAGCCCAAAGUGCCAGUUCAGACCUUCCUCAGAAUGUAACUAAAUUAUCUGUGAAGGACAGGUUGGGUUUUGUAUCAAAGCCAUCAGUUUCAGCAACUGAAAAGAUUUCAACUCUGAAAUUGGUGUGUACUUACUACAGCUUUUACAGAAUCUUUCUGGUGUUGUCUACAUCUACGGGCCUGACUAAAACAGUAUAUAAUCCAGCUGCUUUGAAGGCUGCACAGAAAACCUUACUUGUUUCUACCACUGCAGUUGACAAUAAUGAAGCACAGAAAAAAAAACAGGAGGCAUUGAAACUUCAGCAGGAUGUAAGGAAAAGAAAACAAGAAAUUUUAGAAAAGCACAUUGAAACACAGAAGAUGUUAAUUUCAAAACUGGAGAAAAACAAAGCAAUGAAGUCUGAAGAUAAAGCAGAAAUAAUGAAAACUUUAGAGGUUUUGACAAAAAAUAUUACCAAGUUGAAAGAUGAGGUCAAAGCUGUUUCUCCUGGACGUUGUCUUCCAAAGAGUAUAAAAACCAAGACUCAGAUGCAGAAAGAAUUGCUUGAUACAGAACUGGAUUUAUAUAAGAAGAUGCAAGCUGGAGAAGAAGUCACUGAACUUAGGAGAAAGUAUACAGAAUUACAGCUGGAAGCUGCAAAACGAGGGAUUCUUUCAUCUGGUCGGGGUAGAGGAGUUCACUCAAGAGGUCGAGGCGCAGCGCAUGGCCGAGGCAGGGGUCGAGGUCGAGGUCGAGGUGUGCCUGGUCAUGCUGUGGUGGACCAUCGUCCCAGGGCACUGGAAAUUUCUGCAUUUACAGAGAGUGAUAGAGAAGAUCUCCUUCCUCAUUUUGCGCAAUAUGGUGAAAUUGAAGAUUGUCAGAUUGAUGACUCUUCACUUCAUGCAGUAAUUACAUUCAAGACAAGAGCAGAAGCUGAAGCAGCUGCAGUUCAUGGAGCCCGUUUCAAAGGGCAGGAUCUAAAACUGGCGUGGAAUAAACCAAUAACUAAUAUUUCAGCUGUUGAAACAGAAGAAGUUGAACCCGAUGAAGAGGAACAGAGAGAGAUCAUCAUUGCCUGAAUUUAGCUUUGUGACUACAACAGCAAGACCUGUUCCUGUCUGGAGACGACUGUUAUAAUAUCAUCCUAUCAUUUUACGUUUGCCCUUGAUCAAUUUGAAUAGAUGUUUACAUGUACUAUAAUUCGCAUUUUGUCUUUUCGCAGUUCUCUAAUUGGUACAUCUGAGUCCAGAAGUAUGUCUGAGUGUGUGCUUUGUCUGACUUUAUUCUUAAACGUCUUCUCCCCUUACUUUACAUCCAUUUAUUUUUUAAACACUAAGAAGGAAAAAGACCUCAUGGUUUCCUAAUAUGAGAUAAGUUCAGUCUCAGCCAAGUUGAAAAUUGUGUCUAGGAAAUAUCCAAAGCCAUGAUACUGUGUUCAUUAGCAUGGACAAUUUAAAAUGAAGAAAAGGAUUAAAAAGUUAAGCAUGGGUUUGGUUUUAAUUUUUCUGGGUUUUAGGAUACAUUUCUGGAGUUAGUAUAGUCACAUAAGUAAUUUUGAACAGAUGCUAAAAUACUUUUUUAUACACUAUAAUAACUUGCCUAUUUCUUCUAAAUAUACUUAACUGAAGUUGUCAAGGCCACUUACCCAAGUAAUAUUUUUAAAAAUUUCUUAGCUCUUUGAAACCAACAAAGAGAUUAAUUUUCUUUCUUUUCAAGUAAUACAGAUGAUCUGUGGAUUAAAGUUCUUGAGAAAUAUCUAUUAAAUAUCUGAUUUACACAGUUUUUCCAUAUUUUCAUCACUUGGAAUCAAGACAUCAAAGACAGUCUUAAAAGCAAGGGGGAAAUUGUGUUGUAUGUCUAACAUUGUUAAAGAUUAUAGUUUUCCUGUCUUAAAAGGUGUAUGUCCAUACUUAUUUAUAAGCAGUGUGAUUUAGAAUUAUUUAUAAAGAAUAUGAUUAAAUCUUGCCUAAAUAUCCACCCAAAAUAUACCUUUUUUGUAAUGGGCACCAUAUAAAGAAGUUUUCAGAAAAUUAAUUUAUGGAUAUUUCUUCACAGAUUCUCAUGAGGCAUUUGAGAAGUUUGGAAGUUGUACUUAGUAGCAACUCUUUAUUAGAAAAGUCAAAAUUAUACUUGAUUCUAUUUGCCCUUGUUUUUUUAGUUUCAUUCAGCUUUGCUCAUAUUUUCCUAUUUUUUGUGCCAAGUUGACUAUUUUGCAAACACUUCUUUUUUGAGUAUGCAAUGCAUUUGUCUUCAUGAAAAAUAAAAAGAAUGAACACAUCAAUCAUAAUGUAAAUUAUCUACUUUGAUCCACGUUAGUUGACAACAGCUUCCUGAAUAUUAGGCUUGGUUUAAGGGAAAAGUACAUAUUUCAGAGAGUCUUCUAAUAUAAUUAUGACUUGGUAGCCUGCAGGGCAUCUUUUAAAUUAGACUUUUUGUUUUUGUUCACAUUUGCAAACUAGCAUAUAGCCACAAGGAGUUCAGAGGUAUUUUCCCAGAUUAGUUCAGUAUUUUUUUUCUUUUUAAAGAAAGAUUGUCUUCCCCUGUGAUAGUGAAUUUCUUGCUAGGUUAGAGGCCCAAAGUACAUAGUCUGAAGAGACCAUACUUGUUAACAGUUUCAGUUGGUUCUUGGAUGUGGACCACAUACCAUCCCCCUCAACUUUACUUUGCCAUCUUUCUUUUUUCUUUCCCUUGCUUUUAAAUUAAAAACAAAAUAAAUCAAAACAAAAUUAAAUAUGCCAUUGGGAAUCAAAUUGAGAUGAUUUAGUUCUCAUUAAGAUCAUUGUGCUUUUUGAAAAUUUCUGUGAGAGCCAAUAGGUCAGUUACAUAUUUAAAUUCCUCUGUGUUGGUUAAUUAAAGAUGAGGAUUUUCAUUAUUUCAUUUUCCUAAACGGGACUCUCAUGGAGCUGUGUGGAGCUGUGUGUAGAUAACUGUACAGAAUCACUUUUGUCUAAUUGAAGCGGCUUACCUCUGCAUGACUGCAUUAUGGAAGCCUUUUAUAUAUCUUUAUAUUUUUCAAUAUUCUUAGAUUUUACACUAUUAGUGGCUCUACUCAUGCUAUAUUUGUUUUUUUAAUAGAGUUUAUAAAUAUUUAUGCUCAAAAUACAGAUCAACUGAAUAUUUUUGAUCUUGUUUACAAGAUAAAUAAUACUUUAAAGUGAUGCAGCCCCUCAAGUGUCUUAGGAAAAAGUUAUUGGUGCUACAAAACCUUUCAAUAUCAUUUUUUUGAACCUGUUAUCUAGACUUCUCUAGGCUUUAAUGUAUGAUCACUUGUGACUUACUCUAAUCUAGCAGUAUAAUUAUAAAAGUGGUCUGUGGUGAGUCAGUUAAAGAGCCCAGCCCGUUAGAAACACCCCAUAAUUUAAAGAUACGAUACAGGAUGACAGUAUACUUAUUUGCGCCCAGCUUCCAAAAAAGAAAAUAGUCUCUUGUUUAUUAUUAGCUCUUUUGAUAAGAGAAUUUAAUCUGGCUAGAAUAAAAACAAUGAUACAUUCAGCAUGGCUCAGUUUCCCCAUAUUUCACAUGGAAAACUUUUCUAGUCCUAAAUAUGGUGAAAUCCUGCUCUGCUUCAAAUUCUCAUCUGUCUUUUGCUGAACAGGAGGCAGGGUAACUUAAAUAUUUAUAGAACAUUUGGUGAGUUGAAAAGAGAUGUAUUAUUUACAUGGUACAUGUUUUGCGUUGGUUGUGUGAUUGUUUUCUACAUCUAUAAGGCUCAUUCCAGCACCUUAGUGAAUGUUCUAAAGAUACAAUUUUUAAGUAUCAGCAAAGCAUUCAUAGAUACUUUUGAUUCUCAGAAUCCUGAACCUAUUUUAGGUGUGUUGUUAUUACUUCAGAACAUGUUAUCUGGCACAAGAUUUCCUUUAAUAAAUGGUUUAGUUGUACUCAA